AUGUUCUACAACGGUCAACCUUCGCCGUCAAAUAAAUGGCCUUCAGUAGUACAAUAUCCAAAUUAUCAAUCCGAUCGGCCAUCAAAAAUUCAUUGGUUUCUUAUUUUGGCUAUUGUUUUACUUAUAUUAAGUGUUGCAGCUUUAAUUAUUGUAUUUGCUGUUGAACAUGCUUGGUUUUCUGAUAGUUAUAAUCAAACAUCAAAUCAUUAUGGUCUUUGGCGUUUGUGUUUCUAUGCCAAUCAAACAUGUGACAGUUGGUUUUCAACGAAUGGACCUAACACUUAUUAUAUUGAUCAACGUCAUAGUCGAGAUAGACUUGGUAUCAAUGCCUGGCAAGCACUUGAAAUUGUCUUUCUAUUUUUAACAACAUCAACAUUAAUUAUAGCUUUGAUUUCUAUUAUUUGUUAUCAAUUAAAAAAGAAUGUUCAUUAUUAUUUAGCAAUUUUAGCAGCAUUUUCAAUUUGGCCAGCAGUAUGUAUGGGUAUAGCGGCAUUAUUUGUUUUUGGUUUUGCCGUAUACAAUGUAUCACAAGCACCGCAUGCUCUUGACUGGUGUUUUUAUGUUAAUCUUGUUGCUGUUAUUCUAUCGACAAUUAGUGCUAUACUUUUAACAAUCUAUGCUAUGUCACUUAAAAAACCAAUACAAAUUAAUCGAAAUGAUACUGCUAUUGAUACAUUUGCUGAUCUUAAUGAUUAUUCAUCAACAUUAAAUCCAUCGACAUAUGUUGUUGUUAGACGAAGUAAGCAAAAUCGAAAAGAACCUUAUGAUUAUCCACAAGUACUCUAUCCGCAACAAUAUUUUCCAUCGAGAAUGCUUCAUAAUACGAUUAAUACGGAUUAUAUAACUAAUCCUAAUCAUCAUAUGCUUACACCGUACGCAUCAUUAAUGACUAAUCAACAGAAGAAUCCAUCUUUACAACAACAACCAUCAAUGAAUCAAUAUCGAAAUUCAGGUCUUUUAACAUCUCCUUCAACAACUUCCCUUCCACCACAAGCACAAUUUUAUCAACCACCAAUAUCAUCCUAUCCAUAUCAACCAGCACAUUGGCAUCGAACGGGACAAAAUUAUAAUAAUGAACCUUCUCAUGAUUAUAUUCAACGAGGUAUUUAUCGACCAGCUCGAUUAAAUCAAAGUGAACGAACAUAUGAACCAAAUGAUGAACCACGUGUAUUACAUUAUUAUACAGGUUAUGAUCAUUUUUCUGCUCUUGAUUCAAGUGAUGUUGUUUUAGCAAGACAUCAUCAAUCUUUACCAAGAUCCAAUUCACCAGUACGAUAUACUGUUAAUCCUCCUUACUUUCAACAAGAUACAUAUUUAAAAAGUGCAUUGUAA